UCUGUCUUUAUCAGAACGCUGUCUACCAGUGAUGAUGUUGAAGACAGAGAAAAUGAGAAGGGUCGCCUUGAAGAAGCCUAUGAGAAAUGUGAUCGUGACCUGGAUGAACUGAUUGUGCAGCACUAUACGGAAUUGACGACCGCUAUCCGCACAUACCAGAGCAUCACAGAGCGCAUCACCAACUCCCGAAAUAAAAUAAAGCAGGUCAAAGAAAAUCUGCUUUCAUGCAAGAUGCUGCUGCACUGCAAACGGGAUGAGCUUCGCAAACUGUGGAUUGAAGGAAUUGAACAUAAGCAUGUCUUGAACCUGCUGGAUGAAAUUGAGAAUAUCAAGCAAGUGCCUCAGAAGCUGGAACAGUGCAUGGCCAGCAAGCACUAUCUCAGUGCCACCGACAUGCUGGUGUCAGCAGUCCAGUCUUUGGAGGGCCCCCUGCUCCAAGUAGAAGGACUGAGUGACCUUAGGCUGGAGCUUCACAGCAAGAAGAUGAAUCUUCACUUAGUUCUCAUAGAUGAACUGCACCGGCACCUGUACAUCAAAUCCACCAGCCGAAUUGUGCAGCGUAUCAAGGAAAAAGGGAGAAUAAGCACCCUUGUGAAAGAUGCUUCUCCUAUUCCUCUGAUUGAUGUUACAAACCUUCCUACACCUCGAAAAUUUCUUGAUACCUCUCAGUAUUCGACACCUGGAAGCUCAAGUGUGAGGGAGGUAAACCUACAGGACAUCAAAGAGGAUUUGGACUUGGAUCCAGAGGAGAACAGCACCCUUUUUAUGGGCAUCCUCAUCAAGGGGCUUGCCAAACUGAAGAAGAUCCCAGAGACAGUGAAGGCCAUCAAAGAACGUUUGGAACAGGAGCUCCAACAGAUUGUGAAGAGGUCUACAACCCAGGUGGCGGACAGUAGCUAUCAGAGAGGAGAGAACCUUACUGCGGACAACCAACCAAGGUUACUCCUGGAGCUGCUGGAGUUGCUGUUUGACAAGUUUAAUGCUGUAGCCACUGCACACUCUGUGGUCCUGGGUUACCUGCAGGACACCGUCGUGGCCCCACUGCCUCAGCAGGCAGAUGUCAAACUGUACGACAUGGCAGAUGUGUGGGUGAAGAUCCAGGAUGUCCUCCAGAUGCUGUUGACUGAGUACUUGGACAUGAAAAAUACUCGUACGGCCUCUGAACCAUCAGCUCAAUUGAGUUACGCCAGCACUGGACGGGAGUUCGCAGCCUUUUUUGCCAAGAAGAAACCUCAAAGGCCGAAAAAUUCUCUUUUCAAGUUUGAAUCGUCCUCCCACGCCAUCAGCAUGAGCGCCUACUUGCGAGAGCAGAGACGGGAGCUCUACAGUCGGAGUGGAGAACUCCAAGGUGGUCCUGAUGACAAUUUAAUUGAAGGUGGAGGAACAAAAUUUGUCUGCAAACCUGGAGCCAGAAAUAUUACUGUCAUAUUCCAUCCGCUACUAAGGUUCAUUCAGGAAGUUGAGCAUGCCUUGGGACUUGGGCCAGCCAAACAGUGUCCUCUCCGAGAGUUCCUCACUGUGUACAUCAAAAACAUCUUUCUCAACCAAGUCUUGGCUGAGAUCAACAAGGAGAUUGAAGGAGUCACGAAAACCUCGGACCCCCUGAAGAUCCUGGCCAACGCGGACACCAUGAAGGUGCUGGGCGUGCAGCGCCCUCUGCUGCAGAGCACAAUCAUUGUGGAGAAGACAGUGCAAGACCUGCUGAAUCUGAUGCAUGACCUGAGCGCGUACUCAGACCAGUUCCUCAACAUGGUGUGCGUGAAGCUCCAGGAGUAUAAGGACACCUGCACGGCGGCCUACAGGGGCAUCGUCCAGUCGGAAGAAAAACUUGUCAUCAGUGCAUCUUGGGCAAAAGAUGAUGAUAUCAGCAGACUCUUGAAAUCUCUACCCAACUGGAUCAAUAUGGCUCAGCCCAAACAGCUGAGGCCAAAGAGAGAAGAUGAAGAAGAUUUCAUAAGGGCAGCCUUUGGCAAGGAGUCAGAAGUUCUUAUUGGGAACCUGGGUGAUAAAUUAAUCCCUCCACAAGACAUCCUGCGUGACGUCAGUGACCUCAAAGCUUUGGCCAACAUGCACGAGAGCCUGGAAUGGUUAGCAGGCCGAACAAAGUCAGCCUUCUCCAAUCUUUCCACAUCCCAGAUGCUUUCUCCUGCUCAAGAUGGUCACACAAACAUGGAUCUGCCCCCGGUGUCGGAACAGAUCAUGCAGACCCUGAGUGAGCUUGCCAGAUCUUUCCAGGACAUGGCCGACCGCUGCCUGCUGGUGCUGCAUCUGGAAGUCAGGGUUCACUGUUUCCACUAUCUCAUCCCUCUUGCAAAGGAGGGGAACUAUGCCAUCGUUGCCAACGUGGAAAGUAUGGACUAUGACCCUCUGGUAGUCAAGCUCAACAAAGACAUCAGUGCCAUCGAAGAGGCCAUGAGUGCCAGCCUGCAGCAGCACAAGUUCCAGUACAUCUUUGAAGGCCUAGGACACCUGAUCUCCUGCAUCCUCAUUAAUGGUGCCCAGUACUUCCGGCGCAUCAGUGAAUCUGGCAUCAAGAAAAUGUGCAGGAACAUUUUUGUUCUUCAACAGAAUUUGACCAACAUCACCAUGUCACGGGAGGCAGACCUGGACUUUGCAAGGCAGUACUACGAGAUGCUGUACAACACGGCUGACGAGCUGCUCAACCUGGUGGUGGACCAGGGCGUGAAGUACACGGAGCUGGAGUACAUCCAUGCCCUGACCUUGCUGCACCGCAGCCAGACGGGCGUGGGAGACCAGACCACCCAGAACACGAGGCUGCAGCGGCUCAAGGAGAUCAUCUGCGAGCAGGCCGCCAUCAAGCAGGCCACCAAGGAUAAGAAGAUAACCACGGUGUAGCGGGGGAGGGAGGGGUGGUACUGCGUGGGGUCAGGGGUGGGGGGUGGUCACUUCUGGUUAUUUAGUCAAACUUAUACUUACUUUUUUCUUUGGCAUGUUAUUUGGUAUAUUCUGAGCUGACGUCGUGGAGAGAUGCUUUAGUGGAGAGAAGGUGUAAGGAUUUUUUUCCUUUUCAGUUUUGGCUUUUCAUAUACACUCCAAAGGGAGCUUGCAGUACAGAAUGUUUUGAUUUAAUAUCCACUUUGAUGAGGUCGAUUCCAAAGGGACUUGGGUGGGACCGAGAGCAAGGUUGUGUCAAUGGGACUCUGAGAAAAUAAAUGCACAAGUUACUGAUGCCCAGCAGUCUUUGGAGGCAGGCUGCUACCUAAGCCUCAGUCUUUUCCUAAAUCUGCUUCACAGGUUCUCUUGCAGGAACAGUAGGGACCUUACCCUCUUGACCUGGUCAGUUUUCAGUUCAGUGAAAUAAGUGCAUGUGCAUUGUUUUCUGUCUCAAUUGCCAAGAUCAAAUGAGUGGCUUCCCCGCUGGAUGGAGCUCUUGGCAAACUUACCUGAGCAGCACAGGAGCGCGUCUGGGCUGGGGGAGAGCCCUCUGUGUGUUUUGUUGUUGUUGUUUGUUGCGUUUUUUUUAUUUCAGAGGGGAAGGGAGAGGAAGAG